UUUAGAAGCCACACUAUGCAGGCUGCUCGUUUGAAACUAGUUUACUACUCAAAAACCAGACUCCACGCUGAAAACAAUGGCCAAACCUGAAACGGUGCGUUUCGCCAUCAUGGGCUGCGCCCACAUCGCAAGAAAAGUGGCUCGAGCCAUUGCCUUAGCACCCAACGCCACACUUUGUGCCGUUGCCAGCCGUUCCCUCCAAAAGGCCCAAACCUUCGCCGCCCAAAACGCCCUCCCCGACACCGUCGCCCUAUAUGGCAGCUACCAAGAGCUGCUUGACGAUCCAACUGUGGACGCAGUGUACCUGCCCCUCCCAACUUCUCUGCACGUGCGGUGGGCGGUGGCGGCCGCCGCCCGGAGGAAGCACGUGCUGUUGGAGAAGCCGGCUGCGCUAGAUGCGGCGGAGCUAGAGCUGAUCUUGGAGGCGUGCGAGUCGAAUGGCGUGCAGUUCAUGGACGGGAGCAUGUGGCUGCAUCACCCUAGGACCUCUCAUAUGAAGCAACUUUUGUCCCUUUCUCAUUCUGGAAGCAUUGGAAACAUUCAAUUUAUUCACAGCACAUCAACAAUGCAAACAAGAGCUGGAUUCCUGGAGAGCAACAUCAGAGUGAAGGCAGAGUUGGAUGGGCUUGGUGCGUUGGGUGACCUGGCAUGGUACUGCAUUGGUGCUUCCUUGUGGGCAAAGGGAUACCAAUUGCCAGCCACCUCCUUUCUCUCUCACACUUCCAUGGACCUUGCCAUAUGUGGUUCCAACGGCUCCCUGCAUGUUAGGGAUUUCAUAAUCCCAUACCAGGAACACGUUGCUUCCUUUGACUUCACAUUUGGUGCCAAGUUUGUUGAUCUUCACAUUGGGUGGAAUGUGAAGCCAGAGGAAGUUCAUGUAGCCAAUGUGCUCCCUCAAGAAGCACUUAUGGUGCAAGAGUUUGCUAGCCUUGUCGCCACUGGCCCCGAUAACAAGUGGCCUCAGAUUACUAGAAAGACUCAGCUCGUCGUUGAUGCGGUCAACAAGUCGUUAGACCUCGGCUGCAAACCCGUUUCCUUGUAGACCCUCUUGGCCUCGGUAAAGUGUUUCAAUAAUCUAUUCAAAUUCAAUCGUACUCAGUACUCACCAUGUAUAGAUAAUCAAUAAAAUCCUUCUGAUACAGGGAUUUAAGCUAUUGUAAACUUAAUAUAAAUGGCACCUACUCAAAUGAAAAUAUUAAAAAUAUCUUUU